UAUACAAUUAUCUAAGACAUCAUGACUGGCAUCAUCUAUGAUAAUAAUUUUACCACACACAAAUGCUUAUGGGAUGAAUAUUAUUCAGAAAAUCCACAGCGAUAUAUAUCUAUACUAGAGCGUUGUAAUUCAUUGGGAUUGAUCGAUCGGUGCACUAAAAUAUCCUCACGCCAAGCUACCAAAGAAGAAUUACUAUCUAAACACAUGAAGGAACAUAUUGAUUUAUUAGAAAGUACAGAGCACUAUAAUGAUGAAGAAUUGGAACAAUUGUCCUCAAGAUAUGAUUCAAUAUAUCUACACCAUUCAACUUACAAACAAUCCCUACUUGCAGCUGGUAGUUCAAUUGAAUUAGUCAAAGCAGUUGUAGAUGGUCAUGUAAAAAAUGGAAUGGCUUUUAUUCGACCUCCUGGACACCAUGCCAUGAAGUCUGAAUACUGUGGUUAUUGUUUUAUUAAUAACGUUGCAAUAGCUACUCAAUAUUUAUUGGACAAAACAGCUAUCCAAAAAAUACUUAUUGUUGACUGGGAUAUACACCAUGGUCAGGCUACUCAACAGAUGUUUUAUGAAGACCCAAGAGUGUUAUAUUUUUCUAUUCAUCGUUAUGAGCAUGGACAGUUUUGGCCAAAUUUAAGAGAAAGUGAUUUUGAUCAUAUAGGCAAUGGAGACGGUACUGGUUUCAAUAUCAAUGUUCCUCUAAAUGACAUUGGAAUGAAAAAUGAAGAUUAUAUGGCUAUAAUUCAUUACUUAUUAAUUCCUUUGGCAACCGAGUUUUCUCCAGAUUUCAUAAUUAUUUCAAGUGGAUAUGAUUCAGCCCUUGGGGAUCCUAAAGGUGAAAUGUUAGUUACUCCAGCAUGUUAUGCUCAUAUUACACAAAAAUUAAUGAAUCUUAGCUGUGGUAGAGUAGUCGCUAUACUUGAGGGAGGUUACUACUUGAAGAGUUUGGCUGAAAGUGCAGCAUUGACAUUAAGAGCAUUAUUGGGAGAUCCAUGUCCAGUUAUUGGGUCAUUACAACAACCAUGUAAAAGUGUAAUGGAAACCAUUGGCAAUGUGAUUUAUGCUCAUAGACAUUAUUGGAAUUGUUUCAAGUAUAAUAUUCUUUAUAAAGAAAAAAUACCUGAAAUUUAUUAUAAUUUCUUUGAUGAAAAGCCAGAAAUAUAUCCAACAAGAAAUAUGUAUUCAAAAAUUGAUACUUCAAGUUUUGAUAUAAUUUUAAACAAUAUUAUUACAGAAACUAAACUAUUCAACCCAAAAAUUAAAGUUGGUUUAACAUCCAAAGAGAUUGAGCAUUCAAACAAUUUAAAAAAUAGUGAAAUCUAUCAAUAUUUGAGUUCAAAAAUUGGAAAUUUACAUAUUUUAAAGGAACAUCAAUUGACAGUUGAAGAAUUUAAAAUAGUUUAUUCAACUGAGUACAUCAAAGAAAAAAUAUGCAAACAGAAUUAUAUUGACAAAGAGCAGUGUAGUACUACCAUCAUCAGUAAUAAAUUCAUUGAAGAUGAUCCAGUAUUUAAAAUAUUUUCUUUUUUUGUUGGACCACUAUUGCAGAUCAUUGAUUCAAUAUUUAAAAAUGAAAUUAAAUCUGGGAUAUUUGUAUCGUCAUCAAUUGCAACCUUAAGAAAAAAUGAAACCUCAUAUACUUUAAAUGCUUCCAUUAUUGGUGCCAACUACGCCAUAAAAAAAUAUUACUUGAAAAGGAUAUUAAUAAUCGAACUGAAUGAAAACGUUACAGAAACAUUAUCUACUGAUCAAAUGUUAAUUAUUUCAGUGCAUGACUUAUUAAAUAGUUCAACAACUAUAAACAAGAACAAUCAUGUCAAUAUUUCAUGGUCAAAAAAAAUAUUGAAUGAAGCAGAAUUUACUAUAAUGAUGCAACAUUUGAUUUUACCAAUCGCUUAUGAAUAUAAUCCCGAAUUGAUAAUUGUGUCCUCAAAGUUCUACUCUAAUAUAAAUAACAUUAACGGUAUACAAAUGACUCCUAUCAUGUAUGGAUAUCUCGUUCAAUGGUUAAGUACUUUAGCUAAUGGAAGACUCAUCUUAUAUGAACAAGAUGUCCAUGAUAAUUCAAUAUAUAGAAAUGAAUGUUUAUUACAGUGUUCAAAAGCUUUAUUUGGUAAAUCAAUAUCAAAAUUGUGCGUGACAAAUCUAUUAAAUUUAGAAUCCAAAAAUAUUUUACUUAACAAUAUAAAAAACCACAGAAAUAACUGGAAAUCAUUGCAAUUUUAA